AUGACUGGAAUACUGUUAAAAGCGGCUUUAAACCAAACUCACUCACUCACUCACGAAUACAACUUGCUGAAUCAUGCAUUACGGACUGAUUCAGAUGACAUGAGCGAGACAUCGAGAAUGGAUCCAACACAGCUGUCCAUUCUUCUCUCUGUUAUCGUCUACCACAACGUCAAUGCUCAUAACAUCAUCACUUGUGGAAUCAGAACGCUGUCAGAAUUUGCUAGCAGGCGAGUCACGGAGGGCAUGGUCUGGUCUCUGGAGGGGGUGGACACUCGGGUGCACUGCGUUGUCUUGUGCAUGCAGGACCCUCAGUGUAUAACAGCAGGGUACUCUCCAGACGGUGGUCAGUGUCGCGGCUACAACGUGAGCUUCACGUCUCCGGCCAACGUGACUUAUGUGACCGACCCGGGCGCCAACAUGUUCUUGACGUGCAGAGGUGAGGCAACACGUACGUGUGGUCGUUAA